CCAGCUGACAUCAUCUCCACUGUAGAGUUCAACCACACAGGAGAGCUCCUGGCCACAGGAGAUAAGGGGGGGCGAGUGGUCAUCUUUCAGAGGGAACCUGAGUGUAAGACAGAGCCAUACUCCCAAGGAGAGUACAAUGUCUACAGCACGUUCCAGAGCCACGAGCCUGAGUUUGACUACCUGAAGAGUCUGGAGAUCGAGGAGAAGAUCAACAAGAUCCGAUGGCUGCCGCAGCAGAACGCCGCCCACUUCCUCCUCUCCACCAAUGAUAAGACUAUUAAGCUGUGGAAGGUGAGCGAGAGAGACAAGCGACCUGAAGGAUACAACCUGAAGGAUGAGGAAGGAAGGCUGAAGGACCUCUCCACCGUCACCUCGCUCCAGGUGCCGGUGCUGAUGCCCAUGGAGCUGAUGGUGGAGGUCAGCUCUCGCAGGGUGUUUGCCAACGCCCACACCUACCACGUCAACUCCAUCUCCGUCAACUCCGACUGCGAGACCUACAUGUCUGCCGACGACCUGCGGAUCAACCUCUGGCACCUUGGCAUCACCGACCGCAGCUUCAACAUUGUGGACAUCAAGCCAGCCAACAUGGAGGAGCUGACGGAGGUGAUCACCUCAGCAGAGUUCCACCCCCAGCAGUGUAACCUGUUUGUGUACAGCAGCAGCAAGGGCACCCUCCGCCUCUGUGACAUGAGAGAGGCCGCACUGUGUGACAAACACUCCAAGUUGUUUGAGGAGCCGGAGGACCCCAGUAAUCGUUCCUUCUUCUCAGAGAUCAUUUCCUCGGUCUCUGACGUCAAGUUCAGCCACAGCGGACGCUACCUGCUGACCAGAGACUAUCUCACUGCCAAGGUGUGGGACCUCCAGAUGGAAAACAAACCCCUGGAGACCUACCAGGUGCAUGAUUACCUCCGCAGCAAGCUAUGCUCCCUCUACGAGAAUGACUGCAUCUUCGACAAGUUUGAGUGUGCCUGGAAUGGAUCGGACAGUGUGAUCAUGACCGGUUCCUACAACAACUUCUUCCGGAUGUUCGACCGGAACACCAAGCGGGACGUGACCCUGGAGGCGUCGCGGGAGAGCAGCAAGCCCCGCGCCGUGCUCAAGCCCCGCCGCGUGUGCGCCGGGGGCAAACGGAGGAAGGACGACAUCAGCGUGGACAGCCUGGACUUCACCAAGAAGAUCCUGCAUACCGCCUGGCACCCCACGGAGAACAUCAUCGCCAUCGCCGCCACCAACAACCUCUACAUCUUCCAGGACAAGCUCAACUCUGAGAUGCACUGACUGCUGGGAGGAGUGGACACACACACACAAUACACACACAGACACACACACACCUACAUAAACACAAUCAUAAAAAUGAGAGUGAUCCUGUGGAGAAAACAUCUCAGUCUCUGCCCCCCCCCCUCCCCCCGUCCCUUCCUAUGUCCCCCGCCAAUAUACUUCCCCCCACAUCUCACAUCCAUCCAAAGGCACUCCUACAUCCAUCCCCAACCCUGAAUGGACCUGCCCUUGGGCCAGAGGGGAGCUGUGUUACCUAAAGGGGAUUAUGGAUUAUCGUGGACUAUGGAUUACAGAGUUCCAUAUCACAGAUUUCUGUCCCGGAGACGGCUGGAUUGUGGUUGAUCAUGUGCUGCUUUGUUCUUGGUUGGUUUUGCAAUGGCGAGGGGAUUAUGACCCUCAGACAGGAAACAGGCUCCGGCUGUCGUUGUGUCUCCUGUUCUCUUGUCCUCCUCCCCCUGCUUCUCUCCCCUCUCUCCUCUCUGUGUACAUGUGUGUGCUGGACCCAAACCCAGAGCUGUUCCUGCUGUUAGAUUGACUGAUUGUCAGUGUUGAUGUGGAGAAUAUGUGGAACCUCUGCACGGGUCUACUGUACUGUUUGCUUUGAAGUCUUACUGUUAUGUAGUUCAAUCACGACUAUUAUUAUGUAAAUUGUCUGUGAUGGUGUCACCCAUGACGGUAAUAGUGAUGAGGAUGGUCGGUGAUGGUGACAGUGACGGUUAACGGUACUCAAGUGUCAAGUCAGUCCCGACUAGAUGUACAACCACUAAAACUCCCUAAGGUUCGGUGAACCCCCUCUCCCCUACCAUUGGGGUGUGUUCAGUGAGGCGAAACGUUACAAAAUGCUGCAAACAGAUCGGUAACAUAAAAUAACACCACCCCGAGCUCUCCAUACAGUCAUACCACAAGCGUGUCUCCCUGAAUGUUCUGCAACACUUCGCGCCCCUGAACGCACCCCUGCUGUAAGCUGCCGAUUGUUGAAGCUGCUGGGGAGCUACCCUGUGUCAUGAAUGACGAGCUACUUUGCAACAAAAAAAGACGAAAAACGACGACAAAAACACAGUAGUCCAACAAUCAAGCAAAAAGAUGCUGCAUGAAAAAAAAAAAAAAAAUCGCCUACGUGUUUAUAAACUGACUGACUGGCUGCCUUUCUAAUCGUUAAACCGGGCUGUAUACUGGCUUCUGGAGCUCUGCCUCGACACAGCACUAGUUACCAUAGACGAAGAGCUCUACUUUCUUUGUGUCUCAGGACACGCAAGCAUGUUUACCAAUGUUCGGUUUUACCGUGUACAAAUAAAACGAAGCCGAACGACGUCGGUUUCGAGGAAAACACUGAACUGGAGGAAUGGGGAAUGUUUUAUCAGCGUUGUAAUCAAGACCUUUAAAGGGCCUGAAUCGUGUCUGUAUAUAUAUAUCAACUGUUUUUGACUUUUAUGGUUUCGUUUCUGAAGAUGACCGUGAUCAAUAAUUAGGUUACAGAGCAGAUCAUCUCCAAUGAUGAUGGUGUUGACCCGGCACGGUAGAAAAAUAAAUGACCCUCUUUCAGUCUGUCACAAAAUUAUUUUUCUGGCUCUGUCCAUCUUUGUUUAUAACGUUCAUUUAAGUGAUAUAUUUGUGUAUGUCAUUUUGAUCAGCAUUGAUUCACCU